AGGACAGGAGCUUUGGAGCUCAAGGUAUAUAAUGAACAAACCUCUACAAAUCCCAUGAGGUCAACCGGCCUCGAUCAUCUUCGUUGUUAAGUCGCAGCCCAAAAAGCGCGCAGUGCAAAAUGACCCAAUAUGUCCGUUGUUUCCUGAGUUUGCCAAAACAGAGUGCUGAUUUAUCGUUACACCUAGAGAUGCAUGAUCAUCUACAGCCCGGAAGCUUACGAGAAAUAUGCCAAGGACAUUGAACACAUAACGAAAGUCAAAUUUGGUAAAUUGGGUGCCUCGCAUUUCAACCAAUUCAUUGAAACUCCGAGACCGGGCCCACUUAGUCAUUUCACCACGUUCUGGGUACCAUACAGUGUUCCAUUUGAUGAUCUGCGGAAUGUACAACUGGCAUCGGGUAUUCGGACUGAGGUCACUGAAGUGAUAUUGUGAGGUGGCUGCUAUUUGAUGAUUGCUGGGCGUUGGUGCAUA